AUGUGCCACGAUGGACUGGAUGGGAUGCAUUUUGGGAGAGACAAGACCUAUGAAAAGGUUGCUCAGGAUUUCUACUGGAAAGGCCUACAUGCUGACGUCAUACAGCUCUGCAAGCACUGCGACAAAUGCCAACGAACGAAUCACCAACUGCAGAAACCCAGAGCAGAACUACACCCCAUCCCUGUGACAAAGGUCUGGUACAGAGUUGGUAUUGACUUGGUAGGACCUCUACCUGAAACAAGCUCUGGAAACAAGUACAUUAUCACCCUCUCAGACUAUUUCUCUAAGUGGCCUGAGGCUGCCCCACUCCCAUCAAAAUCAGCAGAAGGUGUAGCAAAAUUUCUGUUUGACACAUUUUGCAGGCAUGGGUGGCCAAAAGUGAUUCAAUCAGACCAAGGAAGAGAGUUUGUCAACAAAAUCAACACCCGACUUUUUCAGUUGACUGACAUACAGCACUGCGUAUCAAGUGCUUACCACCCACAAACAAAUGGCCUUGAUGAACGCUUCAACCAGACUCUAGUGAACACUCUCAAGAAGGUAAUCGAUUCUAGUACUGAUGACUGGGAUCAGCAUCUCUCUGCUGCUCUUUAUGCCUAUCGCAUAUCAAAACAGGCGUCAUCAAAGUACACACCCUUUUUCCUAAUGUUCAAUCGCCACCCGUGGAAAGCUGUUACUUUUGAUAUGGAUCAACGAGAUGGUGCCGAUGCUAUAGAAAAUAGAGGAGCUGCUGACCAAUUGAGUGGAGAGGAGACUGAAGAUGAAGAAGACGGAGAAGACAUGGAUGGAAUUCUCCGAAGGUUGAUGGAAAUUCGUGACCGCUGUCACCUCAAUGCCAAGGAGAACAUUGCUGCAUGCUGCACAGCAAAAACAGAAGCAGCACCUGAUGCACCCUCUCAAAAGCCUGACCUACCCUCUCAAAAGCCUGACCUACCCUCUCAAAAGCCUGAUGCACCCUCUCAAAAGCCUGACCUACCCUCUCAAAGGCCUGACCUACCCUCUCAAAAGCCUGAUAUACCCUCUCAAAAGCCUGAUGUACCCUCUCAAAAGCCUGAUGUACCCUCUCAAAAACCUGAUGUACCCUCUCAAAAACCUGACCUACCCUCUCAAAAGCCUGACCUACCCUCUCAAAAGCAAGAUAAGCGUGAUAAGCGUCCUCUUGACACAAAAGAUCCUUGCAAGUCACCUCCUAGGAAGAAACAAAAGAGUCAGGGAACGAUGUGGCUGAAGACCCUAGAUCUAAACCUCUUUGACAAACAAGUGUUGAGUGCAAUAGGUGGUAUGCUCUCCGACAAGCAUAUGCGUGCAGCCCACCAGUUAUUAUCGAUGCAAUUCCUUAAGUUUGAAGGCUGCUAUAAUACUCUCUUGGCCCAAUUAAAGGCAUUUCCACCAGUUUCCAAUAAUCAAGGCCCAGCUGUGCAAAUCUUCUUUGUUGAAGAACAACAGCACUGGAUUGCCACUUCUCUGUUUAAGGGUGAACUGUAUUUGUACGACAGCUGCUUCAAUGGAACGCUUUCCCCAAGUACUGAGCUCCAGAUAGCACAAGUGUAUAGCCCAUUAAUUCAAUGCAAUGGGCUGUUGAUUUCUGUGGUGGCUCCCCAGCAGCAAGAGGGUGCUAACAACUGCGGACUAUUUAGCAUUGCUGCUGCAUAUCACGCUGCUAUGAACAAUAAUGUGGAUUCUCUAGUGUUUGAUGAGGCCAAAAUGAGAGCACAUCUCAUUAAGUGCUUUGAGAAGGGCAAACUCUCACGGUUCCCUCGCACAAAGAAAGCGAUGCCAAAAAGACCAACACCACAAACCAUUGCCAUUACAAUAUACUGCAUGUGCAAGAGACCGGACUCUUUUGAGGAUAUGGUCAUGUGUGACAAAUGUAGUGAGUGGUAUCACUAUCGCUGUGCCAAAAUUCGCAAAGAACCAGUAGGUAAUUGGUUUUGUUCUGGUUGCAUCACUUUAUGAUUUGUGCACUUUUGGUUAUAUUUAUUGUGCUUCUUUCUCUUGCAUUGUUGUAUAUAUUGAGUAUUGAGAUCUAUAACAUAAUAGAUACAGCAUCUAUUGCAUCUAGUUAGGCUUUGUCUAUGGCUGUUUACUUUGUAGCCUAGACUAGCUUAGUCCUCUCAGAUUACCUGUGGACUGACUUUCACCUGCACCGCAG